AUGUCUGAGAAACAGACACUUCAGAUCGACAUGUCCGAAGUGAUGAAACAGCAGCAUCUGUCCACCGAUUCCGCUGCCGGUCCGCAAGCAGUUCCCGAUUUGCCAUUGCAUCGAUUGGCUGGCAAAUGUCAGCUGAAUGAGCUGGGUGAUAAGCACAAGGCAUUGAUCAUGCGGGAGAGAUCGGGUGAAUCAUUUGAAGAGCAACGAGAUGUGAGCAAAGACAGUCAGAAGAAGGUCGACGAUGAAGACGCGGCUGUGACCGAGAUCCGUUCCCGGAUGGAACGUUUGUCGUGCACGAUCAAUGUGGUCUGCCCAGUCACCGCUCUGAUCGGAGUCGACCCAGUUAAAAAUGGUACGUGUUGUCUGGCGUCUGUCACACUAUCCUUGGUGAUGUUUGUUGGAUACUACAGUUUUUAA